AUGGUUUGGGGAACAGUCAAUAGAGACGAACAAAUAAAAUCACAGAUCAAUGGAUUGAUUAAACAAUUGGAGCAAAAUACAAUUGAAUCUAUGUUCUUGUUACAAUCAUUUCUACCAAUAUCACCAGAGUCUGCCAUAUCAAUUGGAGAUGCCCUAUUAAAGAAUAAAUCAUUGGAAGAACUUUAUCUUAGUGGACAUGAUCUUGGAUUAGAUGGAUCGAAAUCAAUUGGUAAUGCAUUGGCUCAACAUACAGCCGCCACUGGCGUUGGCAGUCUUAACAGUCUCGAUCUCUGUCAGAACGACAUUGACGACGCCGCACUCCCAAUUCUUGCUAAAAUCUUGAUUAAAUCGACUGGUGUUCGUGUCUUGAAUUUGGCAUACAACACCUUCACACCCUCGGGAUUCGCCGCUUUCAUCGAUACUCUGAUCAGCUACCAGGUACGCCUGGAAAAACUGCAAUUCACUGGCAAUAAUAUUGGCGACGACGGUGCUGUGCAGCUGGCGCGAAUGAUCGCUCAGAAUCACGGACUUAACAAUAUCGAGGUGAACGACUGCCAGAUUGGCGAAGUGGGUGCGCGCGCGCUCGGAUCGGCGCUGGUCGUCUGGAACGGUGACCACUUUGCCGCCUCGGACAAUCCACGCUUCUCCAAAGCUUUUUCAGAGGGAUUUAUGUUGGCGGAUUUCAUCGGUGAGCACGAACACGCCAAUCCCGACGGUGCUGCCCUCGCCACCGCCAAUAAUGGCUCACAACUUCGUAGUUUGGUGCUGCGAGGAUGUCACAUCGGUGACGAAGGAAUCAGUCUCAUUGUAGAGGCAAUUAUGAGUGGACGUCUGCCCAGUUUGAAUCUGCUCGAUGUCGCUGUCAACUCGCUGACGAUCCGCUCGCUUGAGAUGCUCGCCGGCAUCUUGACCGUGGCGAACGGCGCCAAGCUAAAGAUACUGGACGUCAGCUGCAACGAGCUCGGCUCAGAGGCAGUCGAAAUCAUUGCCAACUGCUUGCAAUCCGGCAAGCUGACAACCCUGACAUGUCUGUCGAUCAACAACAUCAACAUCGGUCUGACACAACUCAAACAACUCUGUAAAUAUCUCAUUCAAUUCCCAAACUCAUCGCUUCACGUCAUUGAAACCAUGGGUAACAACGGCGAUGACAAAGACAAAGAAAAAGAACAACAAAACAACAAAAAUAACAACAACAACAACAACAAUAAUACACCAGAUCAACAUGAAGAUGAGGAAGAGGAAGAAGGACAAGCAAUAGUCGACGAUGAAUUCUUAGAUUUAUUGGAUCAACUUUAUGAAGAUACAGAGAUUGAUCUUAAAUGGAAAUAA